GUAGGAACCUCACCUUUGUGGUCAUGUGACAUCUCUAUGAGCCGUACCGGGCUAAAGGUGGACUGAUUUGUGUCGCACUGAGUGUAAUGCGACUGCUGCCAUCAGAGUGUCAGUCAGUUUAUAUUUUCCUGUCGUCUGUGAGUGAGGUGGAAGCUUUUUCUUUCCUACAACAUGUCUAUCAGUCGGAAAAACUGGUCGGCUUUGUCCAGCCUAGCACGUCAGUGGACGGUGGAGGAUGAAGAGGAAGUAGAGAGGGAAAAGAGGAGGAGGGUGAAGAGCAGCAGCACUGCCGAUCCAGAUAGUGACUCCAGCCCUGCACCUAUCAGCUCAUCCACCAGUGAUGGCCCCUCUGGGACAGAAACCUCCAAUGAGACAUCCAAGGGUCUCAGCAGUGUGGAGCAGAUGCAGCUGGACUUUGUGGAGAUGCUGCGAGUGCGAGAUGAAAAGCGAAGGAUGAGACAUGUGGAGACGCUGAGACAACAGAAGGAGGAAGGGGAGGAAAAUGCAGAGGGCAGCGGAGCAGGAGAAGGUGGUGGCAGGGUGGUGUUACUGGGGGAGCUGGAUGAGGACAAGAGUUUUGUGUUCAAACAACAAACACCCCUUAAAACAUCCACCUCUAGUCCUAGCAGCAACAGCAGAACUAACAUGGCAAACAGACAGCAUGAAAAUGGAGAGUCGUCGAGAAGCGACCCUGACCCUCAGCCCAAAUCGGUUACAAGCCCAGCUCGCAAGUUUGUCAGUUCUAUGUCCAUCUCCCUCGACAAGACUCCAUCUGCCAGCGGUCGCACAACUCCCAUGAGCCCUUGCUCUCCUACGGCCACCUUGUCGCCUCGAGAGCAAUGGCCUCCAUCGUGCCAGAGUCCCUCACCUCAAGGAGCACAAAGCCCUGUUCAGAACGGACACGCGCAAGAGACCAGUUUGAAUGGCCGUUCCACCAAUGACAACUUUGAACAAGCGGCCAAACCUGCCUUCGCCAGACAGAGCUCCAGGACCAUAUCUUUUAGGAUGAUGAGAAAGAAAGAAGAGGAGAGUGCACCGCUGCAAAGGAGUGCAAGUGUACGAAUGGCCUCCAAGAAAUUUGAAUAUAACACAGACCAAAAUGAAGAUGAGGACAAAACAUCGUCUUUCCAGAGAAACUCAAGGCAAAGGAUUUCAUCCAGAUCCAUCCGAGAGAAGAUGGAGAGACUGGCUCAGGCAGCACAGAAAUCCGAACUGGCACGAUCUCCAGAUGUGACCCAGAGGACCUUGUUCCUGCUGGAAGAGGUCUCCAGGAAGAGGAGCCUCUUUGAAAAAGAGCAGCCGACACAAAGUCCCACCAGCCCGGGAGUUUCCAGACAAGAAUUCCGGAGCUUCACUUCAGGAAUGUCAGAUCGCGUCAACCGCUUGCUCAAUAAAUCCAACCAAACUGGGUCAUCAUUCAAUCCUUCUGACUUGAGACACGUGGACAUCACCAGUAAGAAGAGUUUGUUUGAGAACAGAAGGGAGGACAGUGUUUCAAAUGUCAGCCCUGAAAAAACUCACAAGUGAAGGACACACAUUAAGGAGAGGCAAAAAUCUGGACAAUCAAUGGAUGCUGUGACUGCUUUGCUUCUUUAUUUUAUUUUUUAUUCACCGCCAAAGCACACAGGACAAGCAGAAGUGUAAGCAUGUUGAGUUUUAGCUUCAUAUAAAUGAUGAAAAGAGGAUUUUGCUUUUACAGUUAGGAAGCUUCCAUCAAACAUAUAAUCUCAUUUAUUAAAAUACCAGAGAAAGAUGUUUGAACGCUGUUAAAUAAAGUGAAAAUGCAGUGAUGUUUGGUAGAAACUCUUCAGCUUUUAACUUUGAAUGACUUUUUCAAGCACUUUAAACAUAUAAAAGUUGUCGUGCUUUCAGUUGAUGCUCGCCUUUAUUGAAUUCUUGACCUGUAAUUUUGUUUUCAUCAAAUCUGCCAAAAUUAAUUUUUGUUUUCUCUUUUAUCUGGAGUGAUGGACAGAAUGCUUGUCUGAAGAAUAAAAUGUUUUACUAAUA